CCUCUCGCUCAGGGCCGGGGAAGACAGCGCUCCCCUCGGAGGCAUGCCGCUCAGCCGCCACAUCUCACCAUGGACGAUCCCACCGACUGCAACCAUUCAACGGAGGAGCGGGUUUUAGCCGUGGUGGCCCGACGGCAGCAGGACGACGUGUCGGUGGCGUUUCACAGAGUUCACACCGACGACGACGACGACGACGGCGACGGCGGCGGCGGCGGCGGCGGCGCCGGCGGCGGCGGCGCGGCGGAGAGGAUACAUUUGCAGACCGGCGCGACUCGCGAGUCGCGGCGCAGCGGAGGCGCGGAGGGCGGCGGGAGGCGAGCGCUGUGCCCGCCGACGAUGUGCUUCACACACAGCCAACAUCCGACGUCUCAAGCAGGAGGCGGAGGAGGAGGAGGAGGAGGCGCCGGCAUCGACAAAGAGAAACCGAAGAGAUGCCCGGGCCUUGGUCUCUUCUUCGGGCUGCUGGCUACAGUCUUUUUCUCUGUCAUUGCCCUCCUGGUGAAGACCAUCCAAGGGGUCCACGCCAUAGAGAUCAGUGCCAUACGAUGCUUCUUCCAGAUGCUCUUUGUCGUGCCGUUGCUCAUCUAUCACAAAACAGGUUUUCUGGGUCCCAGGGAUAAGCGUGUGUAUUUGGUACUUCGUGGGUUCCUGGGUUCUAAUGCCAUGAUUCUACUGUUCUAUGCCGUGCAGCAGAUGCCUCUUGCCGACGCCACUGUCAUCAUGUUCAGUAACCCAGUCUUUACCUCUCUGCUGGCCUGGAUUUUCCUGAAGGAGCGGUGUACCAUCUGGGACGGCCUCUUCACCAUUUUCACCCUGGCAGGCGUCAUCCUCAUUGCCCGACCACCCUUCCUGUUUGGGGAGCGUACCCAUGGCAUAGACGGAGACCACACCAGCCACAUCAAGGGGAGUAUUGCAGCCUUUGCAGGAGCAGUUGGGGCUGCUUGCACCUUUGUCAUCCUCCGCAAAAUGGGGAAGAGUGUCCACUACUACCUCUCCGUCUGGUAUUACGCCGUCAUAGGCUUCAUCGAGUGCAUCAUCACCCUCUCCGUCCUCGGGGAAUGGACAGUCCCCUUCUGCGGCCGAGACCGCUGGAUCCUGAUGCUGAUUGCCGUCCUGGGUAUCGCCGGCCAGACCUUCCUCACCAAGGCCCUGCAGAUUGAGAAAGCCGGCCCCGUGUCCCUGAUGAGGACCGUGGACGUGGUGCUGGCAUUCAUCUUCCAGUUCAUCUUCUUCGACCACGCGCCGACCUGGUGGAGCCUCGGGGGGGCGCUGUGCGUGGUGGUGAGCACGAGUGGCGUGGCGCUCCGCAAAUGGUACAGCAACAGCCGGAAGUGAUGUGGAGGAAUGCUGAAACACCACAGUACACACUAGUAGUAUUUAUUCUUUUUUUUAAAUUUUUGUUCUUUUAUUAGUAGAUAUUUUCCAUUUAUCUUAUAUUCUUUAUCCACGUGUUAAGGGCAUACACACACUCUGGAGAGUUUAACAACGCAGAAAGCUUGAAGAAUCUGUUAGGAGUGUGAAUUCCUGUGACACUUUUGAGUCCACCAUUUUACAUCCCUCUAAACACCCCCAA